AGAAGAAUCACACUUUGAGCAACUUGACAAAAAUACACAAACAUUUAUGUAAGAGGUUAAAAAGACUACAAAAAUAAUUGAAAAAGAACUACAUAAAAUAAUAUGAAUUCUUACAAAUUGUUAUAAUUGUGUUAACCUUUAGUAAACAAAAGAGACUCUUAUGUUUUACACUCCUGUUGGAGGUUGGUUGAUGUGUUGUAACAGUAAAAAGGUCAUUAUUUUGCUGUGAUUUUAUUUUGAACUACAAUUCCCUGCACCAACAAGACAACUGCAUUGGAUCAACAUUUCCAAAAAACACAUCUUGAACUCAGGAGCGCAUAUCACUGUUAGCCUGAAGCCAGUGUGGUGGAAAAUAAUGAACUGUUAUCAGGAGUUGUUAAAAUGAAAAAAUCAGGUUUGUGAAGCAUUGAUUUGGAUUAAUGUAUUUGGUUAAUGUGUGGAAACUUUUAUAAAUUGGUUUAAAGGAAAAAGCUUUGGACAUCAUCUGUCGUGAUGAAGAACAAAUCAAGCAUCGGCAAUGUGAUUUGAACCAAUGUGUGUCGUUUUUUCGGCACACGCCUCAAAGCUUCAGAUUAAAGGAAAUUAAAAUAUUUUCCUGAAAUUCAUCACCAACAACCAGGAUAUUUAACUAAGAGCAAAGUUAAACUGCUGAAAGAGGUGAAGCAGAAGCCUUCCUGAAGAAUCUCCAGAACACGCAGAAAUUGUUUGCUACAUUUAAAAGACAAAUGAAGCCAAGUCCCGACAUGGAGAAACAUCAGCACUCUGUCAAGAGUUUUACUAAACAGAGUGAUCUCAAAAAACACCAGCGCAUUCACACAGGAGAGAAACCACAUCACUGCUCAGACUGUGGGAAGAGUUUUAAUCAACAGAGUCAUCUCCAACAACACCAGCGCAUUCACACAGGAGAGAAACCUUAUUACUGCUCAGACUGUGGGAGGAGUUUUAAUCAACAGAGUACUCUCAAAAGUCACCAGCGCAUUCACACUGGAGUAAAGCCAUAUCACUGCUCAGACUGUGGGAAGAGCUUUAAUCGACUGGAGACUGUCAAACAGCAUCAGCGCAUUCACACAGAAGAGAAACCAUAUCACUGCUCAGACUGUAGGAAGAGUUUUAUUACACAGAGUAAACUUAAAAUACAUCAGCGCAUUCACACAGGAGAGAAACCGUAUUACUGCUCAGACUGUGGGAAGAGUUUUACUGAACAGAGUAAUCUCAAAAAACACCAGCGCAUUCACACAGGAGAGAAACCGCAUCACUGCUCAGACUGUGGGAAGAGUUUUACUGAACAGAGUGCUCUCAAAAUACACCAGCGCAUUCACACAGGAGAGAAACCGUAUCACUGCUCAGACUGUGGAAAGAGUUUUAAUCUACAGAGUGCUCUCAAAAUACAUCAACGCAUUCACACAGGAGAGAAACCGCAUCACUGCUCAGACUGUGGGAAGAGUUUUAAUCAACAGUGUAAUCUCAAAAUACACCAGCGCAUUCACACAGGAGAGAAACCGCAUCACUGCUCAGACUGUGGGAAGAGUUUUACUACACAGAGUGAUCUCAAAAAACACCAGCGCAUUCACACAGGAGAGAAAAAUGUCCCAAAUUUGUCCCAUGGCAAUUAAAAGCGCAAAUCAUAAAUUCCACCAGAAACAAAUAUGAACUGUAUUUAACAAUGGAUUUUACAGGUUCAGCAAAACUAUUCUUAUCCAGUGAUGAUGUGUAUAGAAUUCCAUGUUAUGUUUGUAUGUCUUGUAAGUUUGAAUAUUCCAGGACAUUCUUUGUGAGACAGAGCUCAGUUUUUAGGUUAGUUACUGUUGCGCAGUAAGGUUACAGGCUCAUUCACUCCCUCUGCUGGUGUUCUUGUUUGUCUAUGGUUCAGUCCAAUUAAAAAUCUGUUACUAUAGAGGGAUAUAGAGGGAUAUUUGGUUGUGUUGUAUUACUCAAGUUUUAUACUCUCUUAUCUUUUCCUUAUUGAAUAUUAAAUGUUGCUUAUGUUUUUUUUAAUCUCCAAAGUUACUAAGAAUAUCCAAAUAAUGUAGUUUCUUAAUUGUUUUUAUCCAGUACAAACUAUUAUCUUUGUAUUACUUCACCUCUAUAUUUACCCAUGUGUGUUUUAAUAAACGGCUUUUAUAUUGCA